AUGCACGUACCUCUCAGUAUCGUCAUUACUUUAAUUGCUUUUGGUUCUGUUUACUCAACAUCAGUGCCAUAUCCAACCGCUAAUAAUGAUCUUCUCCAAGCUCAAAUCCACUUCUUAGCCUCACUCACACCUGAGCAACGAGGUUUGUGGGGUAAAAUCAAAGACAAAGUAACCAAUGCUGCUAUCAAUGCUGGUAUCAGUGCAGCUGUUGGUCUUAUCGGUAAACGUGAUGCUGAUGAUCAAGAAGUUGAUUUAUUUUUAGCUUCACUUACACCUGCUCAACGUGGUUUAUGGGGUAAAAUCAAAGAUAAAGUAACAAACGCUGCUAUCAAUGCUGGUAUCAGUGCAGCUGCUGGUCUUAUUCUUGGUAAACGUGCUGUUGAAGAUCAAGAAAUUGAUUUAUUUUUAGCUUCCCUCACACCUGAGCAACGUGGUUUAUGGGGUAAAAUCAAAGAUAAAGUAACAAAUGCUGCUAUCGGUGCUGGUGUCAGUGCUCUCGCUGGUCUCGUUGGUAAAAAAUAA